UUGAAGUAGAAUAUUUAAAAAUAGAAUAUUUUUAUAACAUAAAUUCUAUGCGUUCUGACUUAUUUAUAUCACAUAUCUCUCUCGAAAAUGAUUCUAAAUGUAUUAAGUAUAACUGUGUGCGCCUCAAGUUUUAUGUAUACUUGCUACAUUUUAUGUAACUUAACCUAUUUCUUAUCAAGUCAUAGUAGUAAAAAUGAAAAUCUUCGUGUGAUAUCAGGUAAAGUCUCACCUGAUGGUAAUGGAAUACAGUCUACUCUGUGGUCUCUCCUAAUAGACGUGUCACUUCUUACAAUUUUCAUCUUUCAACACUCCAUUAUGGCUAAUGAUCUUACUAAGCAUAUUUUUUUUAACCUACGUAUUGAGUAUCUCAGCAGGAGUAUUUACAAUGCUUGCAGUUCUGCAAGUCUUCAUUUCCUGAUUAAUAAAUGGCAGCAAUCUCCUGCUCUAACAAUCUGGAGGAUUGAAACUUCCAAUGAUAUAAUCUGGAUGCUAUUUUCUGGUCUCCAUGUAUUUUUUUGGUGCAUUAUUUACAGUGGCUGUAUCAUGAUGGACAUUGCAGACUUAUGUGGCCUCAAACAAGUUUGGUACAAAGUAUCUGGAAGAAAUAAUCCAAUGGAUAUAAAAUCUAGAGAGCUAUGCAGAUAUAUGAGACAUAUGAGGCAUCCUAGUUUCAUUGGAUUUCUCGCCAUUUUAUGGGUCUAUCCUUUCAUGAGUAUAGAUCGAUUAUUAUUGGCCACAGUAUUAACGAUAUACAUGGCAUUAAUGUGGACUAUAGAUUCUGAAGAUUAUAAUUAUCACAUCAGAUAUUUCAGACAGAAACAAAUAGAACUCUCUUAAUUGUACAUUUACUAUUUUCUUUUAUUUUCACUUCCAAUCUUUUUGAUAUUUUAUUCU